CAUAGCAGGAGGAACUGUGUGUGUGCUAGUUGUCUGUGAUGUGUGAUGGGAAAAAAGUAUUGAGUUCUGGGUUUAAAAACAUGAUCACAAACGGUACGAUUCGAUAUUACAUUUUGAAAUGAUUUCUUCUGAACUUCAAGGAAUAAAGCACCUCAAUUUAAUGUUUGGAAUUGAUGUGCUGGGAGAGAUAAAAUCCAUUUAAUAAUGGGAUUACUACCGUUAGAAUUUACGGAUUGUCUAACCAACAGUCCGUAUUUUCGGGAAAAUCUUCACGCAUAUGAAAAAGAAUUGGACAGAACUAGUGCUUCAAUUAAAGUAUUGAUUAAAGAAGUUAAAGAUUUGCUCUCUGCUGCCAAGCAACUAUCAAGAGCGCAGAGGAAUUUGGCAAACACCUUGAAUAAUUUCAAGCUGGAAACAAUCGGAAGCAGCCAAACGGAUGACGAAGUUAUUAUAGCUGGAGCCUUGAAGGAGUUUAGUAAUUUGCUCAAUGCCAUAGAAGAUGAAAGGGACAGAAUGUUGGAACAAGCCCAAGCUGCAUUUAUUGAUCCUAUUGAAAAUUUUAGGAAAGAAUAUAUUGGAGGUGCCAAGGAAAGAAGAAAGAAAUUCGAGAAAGAGACCACAAAAUUUUUCUCAUCUCAAGAUAGACAUUUAAAUCUUUCUACUAAAAAGAGCGGAAAUCAACUUCAAGAGGCUGAUGCUAGCCUGGAAACAGAGCAACGACAGUUCUCCAGGUCUUCCUUAGAAUAUGUCCUUUUUCUUCAAGAAGUUCAGGAGCGGAAAAAGUUUGAAUUUGUAGAGACAAUAUUGAGCUUUAUGUAUGGAUGGCUCACGUUUUAUCAUCAAGGACAUGAAGUGGCCAAAGAUUUCAAGUCUUUCAGCACAGAUCUGCAGAAGAAACUGCAGAAAACAAGAGAAAACUUCGAUGCGACUCAUGCGGAAGCCAAGCAAUUAAUGAUCAAAUUGCUAGAAAAACCGCUUGAUUCCGGGUCUUUGAAUAAGAUGUUUACUAGGCAAGGAUAUUUGUAUCUGAUGGAAAAGAAAGCUCUUGGCACAACAUGGACAAAACACUUUUGUCAGUAUCAAAAAGAAAACCGCAAGUUUACUAUGAUUCCUUAUUCUCAAACAACGGGGAAAGUGGCUCUGUCAGAAACAUACGUUUUGAAAGAAUGUAUUAGGCGUAUGUCCGAUUCCAUCGACAAGAGGUUCUGUUUUGACAUAAUAGUUGAAGACAAACCAGGAAUUCUUACUUUCCAAGCUCUUUCUGAAGAAGAUAGGAGGUUGUGGUUGGACGCAAUGGACGGAAAGGAGCCAGCAUAUAGUCAAAUUGGAAAAUUGCCCAAACAAGAAGAAUAUUAUUUGGAUGAAAUGGGCUUUGCAUUUGUGCAGCAAUGUAUAGAUGCGAUAGAAUCACGUGGUUUAGAUGAUGAAGGCUUGUACAGAUUAGUUGGUGUCAGUUCUAAAGUCAAUAAACUUACUCAAAUGGCCUUAGAUAGGCGAAAAACAGAGAAAGUUAAUUUGGACGAUACUGAUGAGUGGGAAAUAAAAACUAUUACUAGUGCUUUAAAAAAUUAUUUUAGGAAUCUUCCAGAACCAUUAAUGACAUUCCGAUUACACAGUGCCUUCAUAAAUGCCGCAAAACUAGAUAAUAUGGAUGAAAGGAUUGAAGAAAUAAAGUCACUUGUCCAUAAGCUACCAAAGCCAAACUAUAGCAUGCUACAGAUUCUCAUUGCUCAUCUUUGCAAAGUCGCAAAGCAUUCUGACAAAAAUUUGAUGACCAUAUCAAAUCUGGGUGUAUGUUUUGGUCCUACGCUUUUACGUCCCGAAGAAGAAACUGUAGCAGCUAUUAUGGAAAUCAAAUUUGGAAAUAUAGUGCUAGAAAUUUUGAUAGAACAUGCUGAUCAAAUAUUUUCCACCCCAACUAUCAAUGGGGAUGCGAAGGAUAGCCUAAGUUCUAAAAAUGUUGUGAAAAACAAUUCUUCCUCUCAUGGCACUAUUUACAACGACUCUCAUGCCGAGCCCGUGGCGCCACAACGAAGAGCCAAGAGAGAGACUGUGUACGUCAUGGACACUGGCCGACCCCCAGGACACUCGGAACACUCGGCCUCGCGAUCUCACUCCGGCAGUUUCUCUUCAGUGUCUCCCAGGGCAGAGAGCAUGUAUUUGGACAAUUCGUCCUCUGCCCAGCGUGUGAUGGUGGUCCAGCCGUCUUAUGUCCAGCAACGUCAGUCUUACCACUCCCUUAUGUCAUCUUCUGUUCAAGGACACUCCUCGAUGACUACCACGUCCACCCAAAAGUCAUAUUCCUCAUCGACAAGCUUAACAAAUGCACAACAGUCAUCGUCUAGGAGCCAGCACGCGAUAUCUAAUGCCAAUUCCAGUCAGCAGUCGAGAAAUGUUGCACCCCAGCGGAGCACGAGGAAACCUUUGGUGGUCUACAAUCCAUCCUGGAAUGACCAUAACACGUCGAGCAGCAGCAGUUCUGAAUCCCUCAACUCUCCGCGAACCUCCGGAAAUGCCUCUCAUCAUAUAUUGACACACACAUCACCGUCUUCCUUAAAAUCCAGCUCGUCACACCACCAGCCACUGUCCCACGGGUCGCCCCCUGUGAGGACUAGCUCCUCACACCACCAGCUGGCGACCCACUCGACCACACCACCCACCGCACAUCACCACACACCUUCCAAUCAGUCUAUCAAGACGAGUCCAUCGCAGCAUCGCAGAAUGGACAAGUCUUCGUACAGCCCAGCCCACUCCCCGAAUAGGACAGGGAGCCGGUCUGCAGAGGGCCACAGGGGAGGGACGGUUGUUAUGGGAGCUGAAAAACCGAGGCGGAGCAGUAGGAGUACACUAGAUGUGGUGGGACACCAGCGGCAUGGGUCUGCAGGUUCGAGAGAUUAUUUACUGAGUGGUGUCAGGCAAAACAGCGUAUUUCCUGCUAGUCCAUCAACAUCUUCAUCUUCAUCCUCAUCUUCAGUACCAUCAGGAAAUGGAAGGCGUGUUCGUACUCUUUAUGCAUGCGUUGGAGAAAAUGAAUCAGAAUUAUCCUUCGAACCUAAUCAAAUUAUAUAUAAUGUACGACAGUCAAGGGAACCAGGUUGGUUAGAAGGUUGCCUCAAUGGAAGAACUGGUCUUAUUCCUGAAAAUUAUGUUGAAUGUCUCCCUUGACCAAAACAAUGAUGUUAAUUGGUCCUGAAAUUGGAGAUACAAAAAUGCGUUUAACAAUUGCUCGAAUCCUUUAGAUUACUGGAAGAUUGAGUGUUAACAAGUUUGUAAAUAAUUAUUGUUAUUGAAGGUGUACAAAUGAAAAAUUUUUGUCAUCUGACAUUUCCAUAAUAGAUUUCUGUAGUACAUAACAAAAAUUUUUGCACAUGAUUUCCUUUUGUAGAAGGAAAUAUUUUUGUAUUGAAUAAGAAUUUAUUUAAAUCCAGCAAAAUCAAAUAAGGAUUAAUACAUGUAUUAUUGAUUGAAAUAAUAUAUAAUUAUUGUUUUGGUAUGUACUUUGAAAUUUAUUUGUAAAAGACAGUGUGUUAUAUACACUAAUAGUCAUCAAAGUAUACACUGUCUUCAUAUCAAUUCUGUAAGGGUUUCUUUCUACUUUUCCUCCCUUCAAAUGCAAAUGUUUCUAAGUAUGGCAAAUGUUGUAUAUGCAUACAAAGUUAUUGAAAUAUCAAAAGUCAUAUGUAAUUCUAGUCAGCUUUUAAAAUAAUUCAGUUUAAAGUUUAACAUAUUUUAUUCAAAAAACAUUUUAUAAAUAUGUUUUAAAAAAAUUUUAUUUACCUUCAAAAUUUUAAAAUAUUUUAUGUGUACCAAAAUUGUAUCUGAUUUUUAUAUUUGUAGUAUGAGUGGUUUUUAGAAGAUUAAAUUAAUGACUGACAGUAUUGUUUUUAUUAUUUAUUUACAUUAGAACACAUGAAAAAAAUUAUACAUAGCAUUUUGCUAUUCAGUUGUUAAAGUAUGAGCAAAAAUAUACAGUACUGAAAUGAUAAUGCAAACAAUAUUACUUUUUUGCCAUUUAUGAGUUUAUUUCUUUUGAAUAAAACCAACACACACAUUUUAAACUUGUGUUAGAUGCAAAUAAAUAAAAUAUGCAUUGCCUUGAUAUAGAGUUUUCACAUCAUUUAUGUGUAUUCUUAUACAUAUCCUUGGAACAAAGAUUGCAGCAAAUGGCAGUAGCUUUCCUUUGUAAUGUUUUUGUUAUUUUUCCCAAUUGAAAACUUUUUUAUUUGACAAUGUCCUUCCUAAGUAGAAAUCAAGUGGUGCAAGAUCUAGUCAGUGCCUCACAAAUUACUCCCUGUAAUACAUUCUCCUCCAAUAUGACUAGAGGUUUUUGGGGUUUGUGUUGGGUCGCCCUGUUUUACGAUUAUCAUUGUUUGCUCAUGUGUAAUAGCAAACAGUAUAAUAAUAUGAAAUUUAAUGAGACAGUUAAAUCUUUUCAGAAUUGCUCUGUCGAUUUUUCAAAUUUGUUCUCCUUUCAAGUCCAUGUGUACAUGAAAGGAAGUAAUAUUCACAUAUAUACUUCCUUUAUUAAUGAUAAAUGCAAAUGAUUUGACCUAUACCAUGUCAAUACACAUGGGAAAGUUUCACAACUGUAUAUUUUGGCACAUACUAUAUGUUACAGCACUAAUUUUUUAUUUUAAUUUCAUUUGUUUAUAAAAUUCUUAAUUGUCAUUUCAUUUUUACUUUAUAACUGUUGCUUUUAUUUGUAUUAGCAACAAUUUGUACACUUCUCAAAAUUCAAUUUUAUAUUAUUGUAUAUCUUCUAGUUAUUUAAUGGAAUCCUAUUCAGUUGUGGAACUGCUUUAAAGAUGAUGCAAGAUAUUUUUAUUUUGUUCAUUACUUAAAUUUGAAUUUACAAAUUUGUCAAUAGAUUUUUCAUGAAAAGAUUCCACAACUGAAAAAGUAAUGAACUUAUAUUACUUUAACUAAGUUCAUGUUUUAACAGUUUUUUUCAGAUGAAAUUUUCAUUAGUUGAAAAUUUCAGAAGUGCUAUAUAGAAUUUCGCUUUAUUAACUAGGGAAUUAUACAUUUUUUUAGGCACUGUCCGAUUUAUUAUUAUUAUUUAUUUUUUUCAUAUUUAUGCUAACAACUCAAUAGAGUUUUAAACUUAUGUUUUAAAACCAUCAUCUGGAUUUUUAUUAAUUAAGGCGGGUAAACAUUAAAAAUAAAAAAAAUUAGUUGUUUUUUAUAAAUAUAAGUUUUUACAACCUUAUUAUCAAGGUAAAAGUAUUCUGCAGAUUGUUUACUAUGUAUUUUUCUUCUUUGAAUAGCAUCAUACGCAUAUUCUGUAUGAUUUUACUGAAUAUUACUUAUUUAUUUUCAUAUAUUUAAAAAUGUGAAAUAUAUACAUAGAUGUAUAUUUCUAAUAUAAAGAUGAACACACAUUAUAUAAAAUGUGAAUAAGUUGCAUUGCUCAUGUAAAGAAAUAUUUCUAAAGUAAACUAUUUAAAAAUGUAAUUUAUUGUAUAUAAUAUAUGAUGAUUAUAUAUGAUGCACUUAAACAGAACAAAGUUAAAUUUUCUAUUUAUUCAUAUUUUUUUUUUUGUUUUGUUUUGUUUCUGCACCAAAUUUAGUGAAAGGUUUUAAUAAAACAUAUCAAGAAAUAUAAACAGUAUAAAGAAGGAAAUGAAAAAACAAAAGCUUCUAAAGAUAAUUAUCAACAGAUAUUUCCAUAGUAAAUUAAAAAUGAAACUUUAAAGCAGUCAUGAAUUAUUUUUCAUCACUGCUUUUAAAAUUUAAAUUACUUUGGUAUAAAGCAUAAGCACAGUGUAUUAAGAAAAUUAAUAUUUAAAUGUAUAUUCAUGCAUAGGAAGAUGAAGCUUUUCAAUUUAAAUUUUGUAUUUAAUGGAAUAUUAUUAAAUACAUUUAGUGCUUAAUAACUCUAGUUAUAUAUUUAAUGAAUUUUUUUUUUUUUUUUAUUGAAAGGCAUUUCAUCACAUUAAAUUUGUCUUAGAUCUUUCAGUGUAAAUUCUUGAAGCUCUUUUUAUUGGCAAACAUAAUAAAUAUUUCAAAUAUUUUUUACAGUUAUGAUAUUUUAUUGAAAUAAGUAAAACAUAUUAAUGAAUUAAAUUAAACACUUUUACUGAUAUAUACAUAAAAACAUAUUAAACAGGUUUUUUUAAAAUGAGUUAUUAUACUUAUAGUGAAGAUACCUCACAAUUUUUAAGAAUUUAUUAAUCUAAAUACUUGCAUAUCUGAUAACUUUUGCAUAUUAACUAUAGGAGUGGUAUUGGUAGUAGAGACAAACGAAAAUUAAAAUAAAGUGUAGUAUUAUAAAAAAAAAAUAGUUAUAAAUCAGUCUUAUAAUUUGCGUACUUAAGUUGUAAGCUAAAAUGCUUUUUAAUUUUUCCCUUUCAAUUAGUGUACAGAGACAUAUAAAGUAUGUGCCAUGCAAAUAUGUAUGUGUAUGGAUAAAUUAUAUUUCCUUGUAAAUUUUUUUCUUGUUGUGCUGUAUUUAUAUUCUUCUGAGUUGAUUUGAAUAUUUGUAUGUAAAAUGUAUUCAGUUAGUAAUUAUUACAAUGAUUGCUGGCAAUCUAUAGGCUAAAAAUUGUCCGAAUGAUGCAUUCUGUUAUAUUUUGUAAAGUUUGUUGCGAAAGCUUGUUCAUUUUAAAAUUACUAUGCUUAUUAAUGCUUAAAAGAAAUUUUUUUAUAUAUAUAUUUUUUGAAAAAAAAAUGUGAGAAAUUAUAUGCAUGUUAUACAUAUACAUUUUGUUUAUUUUAUAAUGAGUUAGUUUUUAGGGUUAUGCACUUAUGAGUUAUCAUUUAACUUUUUUUUUAAAAUGAACAAACUUUUAAUGUAUUUGUUUAAGUUUUAAAAUAUAGUGAUCUCUUCUCAGUGACAUUAUAUUCAGUGAACUUGCAAAACCCAGUGAUUAAAAAGUUAUUACUUUUCUGUGCAAUUGGGGAAAAAAAUUUCUGAAAUUUAAUGUGUCAGUGUUUUUAAGAUGUUGUUAUUAGUUGUAUAUAUUUGUUCUCUUGUUUCCUUCUCAGUGUAAAAGCAAAUUGUUUUAUGGAUUUGAAUGCCAUAUAUUAUUUAAUAUAUAUAUAUUAACUUUAUAGAGAGAGCGAAGUGUAAUGGUCAGACAAUUGGACGUCCUAGCUUCAUAUGUGUCCUAGACUCAGAUUAAAAGCUGCAUUUAGGAGUGCUUGAUUUUCAGUGGCAAUACGAUUGAAUAAUAGUUUUUCUUUUAUGUAAAGUAUAUUUCUUACUUAAGUUAUAUAAUAAAUGCUAAAACAUCAAA